GGCCGCUCGUGCGCUAGUGUCCAUCGCUGCGUGUGUGUAGUGUAUGUGAUAGUGUGCGUUUGUGCAAAUCUUAAUCUCCUUCACUAAACUUUAGCGCAAAUUUCACAAUCGUCACUAACAUUCCAUUGUGCAAUUCUCAAGAAUUACAAGGCGCGGAAGGUGGUUUACGCGAAGAAUUCAGUGAACAGUGAGAGUGGAAUACAAAACAGCUGUGUACGGUAGCUCGACAAUGACCUUGAGCAGCCUUGAAGGUCACUCGGUCUGCAGAGGUGGCUAGUGAUAGUGAUAGUGAGGUCAUCGUUUGUGAUAGUGACGUAGCAAGAGUCAGCCAUGGGAAAGAGCAGCAGCAAACUCAAAAAGAAGGAUCGGACUCAAAGUAUCGCAUGGAGUUUCCGCUUCCCGUCGCUGAUAUCGCUGUCUCGUCGCAAGAUGCCGGUGACUGGGCCUCACCUAGACAUUGUCCAAUGGCUGACCAUCCUGGACCUCACCCAGUACAGCCACCAGUUUGAGAGGUUCAGCGGCGUCGAGGAGCUCCUGAGGUUCUCCGAGGCAGACAUCAAGGAUCUGGGAGUCAAGAACUCUUCCCACAGAGCUAGGAUGGUCUCCAGCCUCGUGGCACUCAGAACCAAAUAUGAGAAAGGGACCCGCAAGAAAGACAAGCCUGAACGGCACAGCGUCGCCGUGGACACUGGGCGACUUGUGAACCAAGGAGGAGAGUCUGACAUUUUGGUGGUCAGCAACGUCAUUCAGAGCAAAAGCUUAUGCAACAUCAUAAUGGAGGCGACGCCAGACCCCACAGCAGAUCCGGUGCAGCUCAAGAAGGCCUUGGAGUGGGAGCUGUCUCUAGACACACGAGAUUUGCGAUCACACGCAUGGUAUCACGGAGCCAUCCCUCGUACACGUGCCGACGAGAUUCUGCAGGAAAACGGAGACUUUCUGGUGCGAGACUGUACGUCCCAGCCGGGCAACUAUGUGUUGAGUUGCCGCAGUAAAGGACAGGGUCUGCACUUUGUUAUCAACAAGGUUGUGAUUCAGCCAGACACAGUUUACGAGCGAGUGCAAUACCAGUUUGAAGAUGAUGCGUUUGACACUGUACCUGACCUCAUCACCUACUACGUGGGUAGCGGAAAGCCUAUCUCUACUGCCUCUGGUGCUCGUAUCACAGCACCUCGCAACCGACUCUAUCCCCUCUCCUUCUACGCCACCAAGUACGCUCUUCAUCACCAGAUGGGCGGAGGGACUCCAGCAAUAUCACCCAUCGCCUCCUCUCCUCUAGCUUCUGGUGGAACGUUGCGCUUCAACACCUACAACAGUUACCGGAGUCCUGUCCAUUCACCUCCUCGAACAAAACGUGAAAUACCUCCUAGAUUACCCAGCAAAAAACAAAGAAGUCAUUCGCUGACCCCUUCAGAAAUGAAUGGAAGAGGACUUUCCUUGAGUACUCACGGAUCAAUUGACGAGAGGAGCAAUAGUGCAGACGGAGUUAUUUUAGACUCUCCGAUGACCAGGUCUUGUCAAGAACCUUCUACUAAUGGCAAGUUUUCUACACAUUCCUUACCUAGGGCAGCCGGGCUGAAUUCCUCAAAGACCUCAGUUAUAACUCCCGGAACUGAGACUGUACCAAGAAAUUCUAAAAUCGUCAGAGUUACCAGUGAUCCCGCUCUAAGUCCUUGUUUGGAAAGGAGAAGGUUUGAGUGUCCUGAUUCCAAACACGAAGACGGAUCAGAAAGUCAUCCUCCUCCAAAACCAAGUAGACUUCCAUCAGUUUUAAGGUCUGAAAGCAAUCCUCUCGAUUGUGAUAUCGAUGAUACGAGGCAAAGCACAACAACCCUCACAGAUAUUCCUUAUCCCAUCAACAGUCACGGAACAUUCCAAAGAGUGGUGUCAUACCACGCUUCUGGCAGUGACUCUGGAAACGGAUCCGGAGAUUCGGCUCAAAGCUCGGCUGCCGGAGACGCUUCAGAAUCCACCACCCCUUGCUCGACGCUUCCUCAGAGGCCAAGCGGAGUUGUAAUCAAAAACCCGAGAUAUAUCCACUCUCAAGGUUUAACUUCUUCCUGUUCCUCAACAACUUUAAAAGCCUUUGAGUACGACUCGGCUGUAGAAGAUUCCCUGGCUUUGGAGGCAGUUAAUGUAGAGUUUCCGACGUUUUUCGAUCUUGAAAACUUCCAAACACUUCUUCUUCCUACAUCUGAGAACAAACCGCUGGAUGCGACUGCACUGCAGGGUAUCAGAAUGAUGUUGCAGGAGACAGGAUCUCGUAUCCUUGCUAACCAUCUGACCAGGAUGGACCUUGAGUUGACUGUGGGUUCAGACUCUUGUAGACCCUGGGAGGGUGAGACAGGUGUCGGAGUCAAAUCUGGAAUUGAAAUGGCUGCGUUGCCCAUUGGCAGUCAGAUACGACUAGACAUCAUUGAAAGGACACAGUGUCUGAAGCUGCUAGUGGCUGUGACAAUCCUCACUUGCUCGACAGAGGGAGAGAGAGCCGAGACACUCAACAAGUGGAUACAAGUGGCUGUGGAUACCAAGACUGCGCUCGGAAACUUGUUCGGCUUUGCCAGCAUCAUGCUCGGCCUGUGUAUGCCUCAGAUACAAAGGCUGACAGUAACUUGGCACGUACUGCGGCAGAAAUUCACAGAUUCAGCGUUCAACUUUGAGGCCAAACUCCGGCCAACGUUAAAGAGCAUGAACGAGUGUACCAACCCUCAAGCCCCAAACACCACAAUUCCCCAUCUUCUCCCAUGCGUUUUGCUGCAGGAGAGAAGUUUAGAAGACAUAAUGGGUCAAAGCAGCAAGCCCAUCACUAGUUUGGAGACGAGCAUUUUGAGUUCCUGGGAGUCUUCAACAUCGGACUUUGGCCUCGGGACUUUAUUCGCUCAUCUAGAACUGUCUCGGAAGUUCGGUGACUCUUUGCCCUCCUUUAGACGAAAUGCUGAGAUAGUCUUAGGAGACUCAAAGGUGGACGAUUUACUCCUAGACAUGUUCCGGACGGAGUUCCACCUCAAGUUCCUGUGGGGGUCGCGCGGCGCGACGGUGGCAGCGGCAGAUCGACAUUCCAAGUUUGAGCAAGUUCUCAGCGUCAUGAGUGAGAAGUGUGAACCGUCUGUCGAUCAGGUUUCAUCACAACCUGCGCCAGCGUACAGUCCUGCCAUCGGCACGAGCGUCUAAACCAACUUGCAAAUUCUUGACAGUCCGAAAAAUCAUCAAAAAUUAUUUUCACAAUGUAAAUGAACUCAUGUAAGCCUCUGUUCUAAAAUCCUAAAGUACUAACCUUUUUUAUAUAAAAAAAAUUUCUUUUAUUUGCUAGACACCAGUAUCUAGAGCCUACCUCCUAAGAUAUUAAAAAUUUACAACCAUUUUCACCGGGUGUAACAAGAUCAAAUUUAUUCAAUAUGACGAUUGCUGAUAAAAACAAUUUAUCCAUUUACAUGUUCCAAAACUCAGAAUUAUCUA